AUGGGAAACGUGCCUAGACAUGUCUCUCCCGGUCGUGACUCGAGCUACAGAUGUUGUGUUUUGUCUCAGCAAGAGACGCAGCCUCGCCCACGCAAGGGACGCAACCUCGCCCACGCAAGAGACGCAGCCUCGCCCCACGCAAGGGACGCAGCCUCGCCCACGCAAGGGACGCAGCCUCGCCCACGCAAGGGACGCAGCCUCGCCCACGCAAAGGGACGCAGCCUCGCCCACGCAAGGGACGCAGCCUCGCCCACGCAAAGGGACGCAGCCUCGCCCACGCAAAGGGACGCAGCCUCGCCCACGCAAAGGGACUCAGCCUCACCCACGCAAAGGGACGCAGCCUCGCCCACGCAAAGGGACGCAGCCUCGCCCACGCAAAGGGACGCAGCCUCGCCCACGCAAGGGACGCAGCCUCGCCCACGCAAAGGGACGCAGCCUCGCCCACGCAAAGGGACGCAGCCUCGCCCACGCAAAGGGACGCAGCCUCGCCCACGCAAGGGACGCAGUCUCGCCCACGCAAGGGACGCAGCCUCGCCCACGCAAGGGACGCAGCCUCGCCCACGCAAGGGACGCGAAACCGAACGUAGCAAACACAGUAAUGGGAGGAAAAUCGAAAUUGAAUUCAAAAGAAAGCUGUUUCCUCCUCCUUUGGACGAUGAGCGCGAAAUUUAA